GACCGCGGGGCGGGAGGGGGGGGCAGCCGCCCUCCGGGACGCUUAGAGGAGAUCAGGGGGUAGAGCCCCCCCAUUGUGAGGUGGGGGCCCGCCCCUCAGAGCAGGGCCGCCCAUCCCCGCGCUGCCCGGCGCCCGGGGGGCUGGCGAGGCGCGCUGGCCGCCCCGGGAGGAGGAAGAGAAGGAGGAGGAGGAGGAGGAAGGGCAGGUGUGUGAGGGGACGCGGCUCCCGGGGGCUGGGGGGGGAGAAGGGCCGUGGAGGGGGCCAGGUGAGCGGCAGCCGGGCCGCCUCAGCCUCGCCCCCCCGCGGCGGCAGGUAACGAACCCCCGGGGCCCCCUCCCCGGGGCCGGCCGGAGGCAGAGCAACCCUUCCUCCUCCUCCUCCUCCUCCUCCUUCUUCUUCCCUCCCUCAAACUUCUCGCUGUCCCCGGCUCCCUCCUCCCGCCCGGGAUCGCCUCCCCUGCCCCCCCCGCACAAGGAGGUGUCUCAAACUUCCCUCGUACACCUGGGUGUUCGCUUUCAAACACCCCAGGCGGCGGGGCCGGGGGGCGGGGGGGCUCUGCGGCCGGCCGGGGGGUGCUGGAGCGGGAAGAGGCUAUUUCUUUGUGAGUCAAAGAUGUUCCUGGAAGCAGGAUUUGUAGUGCUGGAGUUCUUUGUGGCACUGAACUUGUCCCCGAGUGUAUUUUGCCCAAUGCAACUAUUUGAAAUACUUGUACGAAAAAACUAAGUGCAACUGACUGUUUCUACCGACUUGAAAAAUCAGAAGUAGUAGUUUGAGAAAAACCUCAUCCCGCCACUGAGGGAACGGAUGGAUAUGCUUUCAGUGAUGUGUGAACGUAGAUACAAAUGAAAAAUAAUUUUUUGCUUGUGGAAAAAAUCUUUUUCCUGGCAGAGGUCUUUUAGCGUAGCAGGCUUGUAAGCACAUGUUGGAGAACUUUACAAGUGUCCUUAUUGUGAUCCGUGAGCAUCCCCAAAGAACUGAAUCCUUACAUUAAAACACGUUAUAGGGAACAGAACGUAGGAAACAUGCCAACUCAGCCUCUCUUGGCAUACAUGGAUGGACCGGAUGGAAUAGCCAGUACCGUUGGUGCACAGAUGGAGAACAACGAUGCCUCAAUGACAAUAAAAGGAACAAACACAAUUUCUUACAAAAGCUUGCAAGAAAAGUUUCUCAUGCAAGCUGAGGGAUGCAUGCCUCUGGACUGCAUGUUUUGUGAUGAGACUUUUAAACAUCCUGAAGAGCUUGGUAAGCAUGUUUUAACUCAGCAUAGGCCCACUCUUUGUGAACCCGCUGUCCUGCGUGUUGAAGCAGAGUACCUUAGUCCUCUGGAUAAAUGUCAAGUAAGAACAAACUUGCCUUCACCAAACAAUGAAAAGGAUAGUGAAGAACUUAGUUGUGAAGUUUGUGGACAAACAUUUGAUGAGGCUUUUGAUGUUGAGGCACACAUGAAAAAGCAUAAAGAUUCUUUCACGUAUUGGUGUAAUGUAUGUGGAAGAAGAUUUAAAGAGCCCUGGUUCCUCAAAAAUCACAUGAGAACGCAUACUGGAAAACCUGGUUCUAGAAACAAGCACCAACAAGGUUCUGAAAGUCCCAUAACAAUAAAUGAGGUGGUGCAGGAGCAUGUAACUGAAAAUGUAACGUCACCUUACAAAAUUUGUAUGGUUUGUGGUUUCCUAUUUCUCAAUAAAGAGAGACUAAUUGAGCACAGCAAAGUGCACACCAAAGAAUCAGUACCCAAUGGUGAAAGCCCCCAAGUGACUGGUGAACCUAAUGCAGAAGAAAUGUCUCAGAGAGAGGAAUUUUUGCGAUUCUUGAACUUAAGACCAAACUUGGUUCCAGAAAAUGACAAAUCACAAAAACCUGUGAAAUGGAUAGCUGAACUAGAUCCUUUCAACACAUACCAAGCAUGGCAGCUGGCUACCAAAGGCAAAGUUGCAGUUGGCCAUGGCCAAAUUAAAGAACCAGGGCAAGAAGGAAGUACAGACAACGAUGAUUCAUCUUCUGAUAAAGAAGAACUUGGUGAAAUUUGGAAUGCAAAUAAAGGUAGCCAGACUGAAACGACAGGGAAGUCAAAAGUAAAUAAAAACAGCAGUUAUACAGGGAAUGGUAACUUAUCCCAAGACAAACUGAAACAUCCCGGUAGUGAAGUGCCUUCUAUGGAGAUGGAUUCUAAAUUGUCCCAGAACAAAGAGAAGCCAACUCACUGUUCAGAGUGUGGUAAAGCCUUCAGAACAUACCACCAGCUAGUGCUUCAUUCCAGAGUACAUAAGAGAGACAGGCGGACUGAUGGAGAGACUUCAGCUGCUUCGAGGACGUGCUGUGGUGAUAUAAUUGCAAGCCUGGAUGAAAAUGGAACUGGAGAACGAAUAGAAGGAGGCUCUGAAGAUGGAUCUGAAGAUGGGCUCCCAGAAACACUUCAUUUAGAUAAAAAUGAAGAUGGUUUGGAAAGAGCAAAAGUUAAAAACCUUGGAGCCUCCAGAGAAUGCAGCUAUUGUGGAAAAUAUUUUCGCUCAAAUUAUUACCUCAAUAUUCAUCUCAGAACUCAUACAGGUGAAAAACCAUACAAAUGUGAAUUCUGUGAGUACGCAGCAGCACAGAAAACUUCACUGAGGUAUCAUUUAGAGAGGCAUCACAAGGACAAGCAAGCUGAUAGUGCAGCAGACGUGAAAAGUGACAGCAAAGUUUCAUUACAGAGUCAGGAGACGGAGCUCUUGCUGGCUGCUGAUGGUGCUCAAGAAACCAAAAAUUCGAAGAGGCUUUUUGAUUGUGCCAAAGAUGCUGAGGGCUGCCCACCUACCAAGCAGCAAAAGGAAGUUCUGUCCUUGAACAAUGCAGUAGGCAGCACAGUCCUCUUAAAAAUGAAAAAUAAUACUAGGGAACUGAACAAAAGUUCCAUUUAUAACAAUUCAAAUAAAAUACACGAGAAUGUGUCCACUCCUUACCCGGAAAAACUAAAGGCUGAGAAGGAAACAAAGGAAGCUCAGCCCAAUGUUCCUCAUAAAAGAGAGAGAAAGGCUUCUGUGGCAUCAGAGGGAGAUGACGUCCAGUAUGUUUGUGCUUUAAAGGAUGGAAAAAAUGUGAAUGAUGCGCGAGAGUGCACUGAAAACUACAAACACAAACCUAUGGUGGACUCUCAAGAAAAGCCGUUGAACUUAUCUGUUGGGACUUCACAAGAGUGUUCAGUGGUUUCAGCCAGAGGCCCAAUAGCACCCAGCACCUGCCCAUUUUGUACUUACAGAACGUUUUACCCGGAAGUCCUAAUGAUGCACCAGAGGCUGAUGCACAAAUAUAAUCCUGACACCGUUAACAAAAAUGGCUACAGAAGCAAGGCUCUAGCUAAAGCCAGACGCACUGGAUGCCCUCCAGCUCUGUUUGGUAAAGAUGUGCUUCCUCUGUCAUUUAAUUCUAAUAAAAGUAAGGCUUCCCCAUCUACACAGCAAAAACUGUUGCAAGCGGGGAAAGCUAAACAGUGUCACCCUCCACAGAACAAAGUCCCUCUCUUUUCAGUGACGGACUCAAGCAGCACAGCCCCGAGUAACCUCAAGUUUCCUAAACAGCAAAGUAAUGUUGGAGCUCAGGCAAAUAACUAUAGACAACCUCAGCAAGAAAUGCACUCCGGUUCCAGUAUCUCCCCGGUAUUGGACAGAGUAAAAAGAUCUGAAUCUAAAGUAAAGGCUCUAAGCGCCCCAGUGUCUCAGUCUGGUCUAGUAAGCAGCAGUAUGAAUGGGGCUCUCGACUCUCACCUAAAUGAAUCUGCCUGGUCUUGUCAUCGAGGAAGAGACUAUCUUUGUAAUAAAUCUGUGAGCAAUGUAAAUCUAGACUAUGGUGAAACAUCUUCUAAACGAAUGAAACCUAAUCUGUUAGCUAUUGAACAUAUUGACUCUCCAAUGGCUAAUUACAGAAGAUACGAAAUGAGCAGAUUUCGUGUUGCAAACAGAUAUGCAAAUCUGCUACCUCAGGAAUGUUCUCGCACCAAACCUGCAUCCUCUGUUUUGCCAACCAAACAAGGGCUUCUGAAUUCAGAUGAUGUUGAUCCUCCUAAUGUACUGACUGUUCUCAAACCUUAUGAGCCAUAUAGCUCUGGAUCACUUUACAGUUCUUGUGGAUCUAGCAAUGGCCAAGUAACCAGCUCUACAGUAGAAGGAAAGAGAUCAGUGUCAUACCAACACUUAUCUAGCAGCGUGCUACAAAAGCGAAGUUACGAAAGUUUCAUUGGUAACGCACACUUUCGACCAAGUGACAAGAAGACUUGAUCAUUUACUUCAAGAAACGGUCUAAGGACACAAGUGCAUGUUUUAUGGAGUUAUACCUGCAGUUCAUCCCUUGAGGAAAAAUGAAUGGUGAAAGCUACUGAACUAAGCUGUGAUUGUACUGUAUAUAAAAACACUACAGUUUUAUAAUACUGGUUCUGUUAACAUUUUGUACCAAAUAGCCAUAAAAAGUAGUCUAAGCGAUUUGGGUUAUGAAGGUGUGUGGAGAAUGUAUAUCUUGACAUUGACUUUUGAGUAUUUUUCAUUAGGAUUAAUUGACCAAAUAUUAGGUAGGAAUUAUAUUUUUACAUACUUGAGCGCUGCUGAAGAGUUUCUCUUGGAAAGAAUAUAUAGUCAUUGCACCUCAGGUAAACUGUAAAUACUGAAGUUGAAAUCCUGUUGGCUUAAUGCUCCUUUUUCAUAAAGGUGAAAGUUUCUCAUCUGUUUUUUCUGUUGAACUAUGUUAGUUUUUCACAAAACAACUUCCAAAUAAACUGUCUGAAACUGUCUGGUUUAUAAAUGUUGUGAUCAUCAAAGCAACGGUGCUGGCAUUAUGCUGAUCUGCCUUGUAUAUGUUAGGACCAUAACGUGUUGGAGGGAUCUGUUUCCCUGGGGUUGUUUCCAGCAUAUUUUUAAAUGCAAGGAUGAGGCAAUACUUGACAUUUGGAUUUCAGCGUGGCAUUCCCGAAAUACGGUUGGAUUCUUCUCUUGGCAUUGGUUGCUGUUCUUCAGAGGAGCCUCUUAAACGAACGUAUCUACCAACGUACAAACUUUUACAGCAGAAAAUACCUGGGACUUGCAUGAGAAACGACUAAUAUAAAUGUUCCAAAUGUUUAGUUUUGUACUAAACUCAAUACAGUUACAUUUAGAGGAAAACUACUUUGCACCUUUGUCCAAACUGUAAAGUCGCAACCAGACUUGCAAUAUGACUGUGGGAUCUACAGACUUCAGAAGGGAUGUGGCUGUGGUGUAGCCUGCUUGACUGUGCUUGGAAGCUUCUUGAUGUCGAGUUUUAGCAUCUACUGGGUGUUUAAAGUGAGUGAGAAAUAACCUGCUAAUGGGAGAACAUCUCCUUUUAUUUUUUUGUGAAGACAACAAGAGUUUUCUCUAAUGCACAUGCAGUUUAAAUUUUGUAAAGGGAAGAUGGCCAGUUACCAGCCAGUAAAGCAGAAUUGUUGCGUGUUUUGCCUUGAGUUCCUAGUUGCUUCUCAUAAAGCCUGUAGUUAAGAGUUAAUUUCUUCUGUACCUGGCUUUGACUUCCAUAUAUUUUAGUAAAACAAAAAAAAGAAAAAUUUUGCACUGUUCGUUUUGCUCUCUUCCCUCAUCCAGCAAAUGUAAAAUAGCAAACCCUAGAAACUCUUGUUCUUUCAUUAUGCAACUCGAGAUGUUCCAGUUGUAUGUCUUAGUUCCUGUAUAUGGGACCUAUUUUUAAUGUCUUUGUAAACUGGCGAUGUAAUGAAGUGCUGUGUAUCAGGAAAUUGUACACUAUUUACCUUUUUUCCUGUUCAUAAGCUGAGCCAUAUGUACAUAAUCUAGAUUUUUGUUUUCCUAGUUUUGCACUUUUAUAGCCUAUUUUUUGAAGAUGAAUUCACUUGGAAAAUGGUUAAUCUAUUUUUUUGCGUGAUCUUUCAAUAAGUCUUAUAGAAUGCAUGCUGUAACUCUCAUCUAUGUACCUUACAGGGUUCUGUGAUUAAAAUGUACGGGGCUGGUUUUUAAGAUGGUUCUGCAGACGGACCUAAGACUUGUUUGUUUUUAAUCUCCCUCCUUGCUGGUACAGUUUCCCUCAAGGCUUUUUUUUGGUAGGUAUCGUGGGGUUGGAAUGGAAAAAUGGACGUGAGGACUCUAUUUCAUGGCAGCGCAGCCCUGUACUUCACAAUACACUUUGCCCAUCAGUAUUAACUAUUGGGAUACUACUGGUUUUGUAUGUUUCUUUGGAAAUAACAGUGCAUAUAUAGAGGUACAAAUUGUUGAUUUUUUUUUUCCUUUUGGUUUAUGUAUUUAUUUCAUUCCAUUUUGUUUUAUUUUAAUUGUUGAAACCGGAAGUUGUCAAACAAUAGGCACACAUUACUCAUUUAAUUUAUGAUGUAUUUCACUUUAGUUGAGUAUAUUAUUACAUAUGGAUGUAAAUAUAGACUUGGUGUUUUGCAAAA